GUCAUAGUGACUCAUUGCUUCCGUUCAGUACUCUCUUUCCUUUCACGUUCAGUUUCCGAAUGUUCCUGAGGCUAAACUAAAGAUGUUAGAUCUCUGAUGCUGUUUGAAACAUUUCAUUGUUAUAUUGGGAUUUGCUUUGGAUUUAACAUGGUUAAAAAUGGUUCUCAAUGCGUAUGAAACACCCUUUGUCUCCGGUCGUGCUCAUCCCCAAGGGCAGUAUUUUGAAGUCCAACAACUUGAUCUCAGGGGCCUCCUGAGCUUGUAUACUGUAACAAACUACUUGUCCUAAACCUCAGGCCAGGAUGCUGUGAUUUAGCAGGGUAAUCCUGUCUUGGUAAAUCUGAAACGUUUCACAGCAUUCAGGCUUUCCUUUAAUACUACUCAUUAUACUGGACUGAGAAGCCCUCCGCCUUUAAUCCUGGUGCUUUGUGCUGCUGAUGCCGGCAGGUGGCGUAGCUGCACCUAUUCCUUUGGAGCUGAUGUAUCACAAAACCAUACAUUCUGCUAGAUUACAUUAGGGUGCUGUUCAGAGCCGGUGUCUGGUUGAAUUAAGGGUCCUAGAGCACUUGCAUGUUUUAUCUACAUUGUCCAAAAAAUGGAAGCAGCCCUGAGACAAUUGUUCCCCAAUUUAGAAAUGCCAAUAUUGUACCCCCAAUUUUCCAAUAGUGUUCCUUAGUCUAUUUUUGUACCUUAGAUUAGUUUAAAGGUAAAUUUGCCUACAGCUAGACCCUUGAGAGUACAGCCCCAGUGACAAGUGAUUGUACCCUCAAAAGUACAAACUGGUACUUUUUUCUAAUGGUGCAGUUAUUGACUGUGCCUAAAUCCAGUUAUCUAUAUGAUCAGGUUCAGCACAGUUCAAAUGGUUUCCCCUAUGUGAGUCACACUAUACAGUGGUUUCGGCUGCACUGUUUACUUAAUGUUCUGGUUUGCAGGGGAAUGACUGAGGGCAUGAUAAUCAUAUGGAAAUUUAAACCAGUAAAGUGAUUUAGCUUAAACCGGUGGGGGGACUGGCACGCGAUAAACAAACCCGUGUUGGUUUCUCCCAGUUUUAUUGUGAGGUUCUCACGACCUGCUGGGUAUUUAUGUAAGAGCGUAUCGAGCAUUCGGAGAGAUAAGGGACUUUUUCUGAAAAGGGACUCACAGGUUGUUGUCCUAAAAACCAGUUCCUUGACUGCAGAGGAAUCCGGUCCAGCAGGAUGUGAACCGCUCACAUGACCUCAGUAAGCCCCUCCCCAGGAAUUCUGGUUAACCUGAAGGUCUGCAUUCUGGGGACAGCAGUGCAGAGCGACUUGCCGGCUGGAAGUCUCGGUGACUGUGCUCCUGCGUCCCCCUGAAUAGACGGCAUCGGCAUGGGACGUGUGGGCAAGGAGAUCGCAGGCCAGGUGAUCUGCUUCUUCGGUUUCGUGGGAAUGUGUCUCACCUGCGGUCUGCCCAUGUGGAGGGUGACCAGCUACGUGGGCGCCAACAUCGUCACGGGCCAGAUCGUCUGGGACGGCUUGUGGAUGAACUGCGUGAUGCAGGCCACCGGCCAGAUGCAGUGCUCCAUCGAGGACUCCAUCAUGAGCCUGACCCCGGACCUGCAGGCCGCCCGGGCGCUCAUAGUCAUCUCCAUGCUCAUCGCCUUCCUCGGCUUCGCCCUCAGCUUCCUCGGGGCCCAGUGCACCAGCUGCCUGAAGAAGGAGUCAUCUCAGGCUAAGGUAGUCAUCCUUUCCGGGGUCUUUGCCCUCAUCGCGGGCGUCAUCUGCCUGAUCCCUACCUGCUGGUCUGCUGUCACCACCGUUUCUGACUUCCAAAGCACCAUGGUCAUCCAGCUGCAGAAGAGGGAGAUUGGGGCCGCCGUGUACAUCGGCUGGGGGGCUGCUGGUCUGCUUCUCGUCGGGGGCUCCUUCCUCUGUUCAUCCUGCCCUCCGCAGCAGCCAGUGUACAAGUACCCGAUGUACCCUGCUAUGUACCAGGCCUAUCCGGGAUCUGUCUACAGUGGGAGCUACGUGCCGAACAGGGCCUACUACUCACCUGCUCAGUAUGUGCCCAACAAAUCUGUAGUAGCUGCCCCAAGACCACAUGCACAAGAAGAAUAUUUAUAACGGAUUAAGGACCAAAGAAGGACAGCUGUUUUGGCAUGGACCCGUGCUCCUCUGCUUUUAUAUCCUGAUUUAAGUCUUCACUCCAUUUUAAUACCCAGUAAAUCAGAAAAUAAUGUGUAUUUAGAAUAGAAUUGUCAUUAAACAUGUACAGUGAAACUUUUUUAAAAUGUGUAAUUACUGUGUCACCUUCAUUACGAAUCUGACAUUAAACUCUUUUUCACGA